AUGGCCACCAAGCGUCUGGCCAGGCAGCUGGGGCUGGCCCGGAGCAGCUCCCGGGCGCGGAGCGGGCCGCGGGCGGCCGCAGGGCAGCGCUUCGGCUUCCUGAUCGUCCUGGACUUCGAGGCCACGUGCUGGGGGGACCGCGGGCAGCGCGGGCCCGAGAUCAUUGAAUUUCCAGCAGUCCUGUUAAACACGUCGACAGGAGUGAUUGAAUCUGAAUUCCACAUGUACGUCCAGCCCCAGGAGCAUCCUAUUCUCUCUGAAUUCUGUAAAGAACUAACUGGUAUAACACAGAAUCAAGUUGAUGAAGGGGUGCCUCUAAACAUUUGCUUAUCACAGUUUUUGAAAUGGAUUCAAAAGAUACAAAAGGAGAAGAAAAUUAUAUUCAGUACAGAUGGUCAGAGUAAUUGUGCUUCAGAAGCAAAAGCGUGUGCCUUUGUUACUUGGACAGACUGGGACCUGGGUGUGUGUUUGCACUACGAGUGUAGAAGGAAGCAGCUGCGCAAACCUGACAUUCUGAAUUCCUGGAUUGAUCUCAAGGCGACGUACAGGGCCUUCUAUAACAGAAAGCCUAAAGGACUAAAUGGAGCUUUGCAGGAUUUGGGGAUAGUUUUUGAAGGACGGGAACAUUCUGGGUUGGAUGAUUCCCGGAAUACUGCUCGUCUUGCUUGGAGGCUGAUCUGUGACGGAUGUGUGCUGAAAAUUACCAAAUCUUUGGAUAAGGCACAUCAGAAAAGUAAUUUAAUUUCCAGAACACUGGCUGUAAAUAUCACUGAGAAGACUCCACUGGGAAGUAAAAGCAGACCUGAACCAUCUAGAGAUGGAACUUGUGAAACAAAAUCUCUGGCUGAGAACAAACACAAGAGUAUUGCUGGAAACAAGAUAAAUUCUGAUGUACAGACUGGGGAACAGCAGAUCACAUGCACUGAUCCCUCUGCAGAUGCCUGUGUCAUACCCAGCAGCAGCUCAAGGACUGAAUUCCAUGCUCAGUCCCACAGCUCUUCAGCAGCAUCUACUGCCAGGUUUCCUGUUCGUCUGGGUCUGGCACGGCCAUGUCCCAGUCCUGCAUCAACAGGCAUCCAGCAGGGACUGAGCAUUGGGCAGCCUCUGAGAACAACCAGGCCCAGCCUCCCAGUGCAGGGAUCAGGGCUGGUGCUUGUCUCCACCACCAUCCCCUCAGUUACUCUCUCCAGUGGGGACAUCAGCACCAGUUCUGAGUGCUUGUCUCUGCUGACAGACUGGGAAGAUGUUGCUUUGAUACCAGAAUCUCAAUAUGAACAAAAUUCAGACUCUGCUCAGCUCAAGGAUGACUCAAAUACAGAUAGUCUAACAGUGUUUGAAGAAGAAACUAUUUCAAAACAAUUGGCUGUGACAAGUUCAGAUGAUCAGAGUUUGGAGGAAAGUGCAGCACCUGUGGAACCUCUGAGGUCUGUUGUUUACAAAAGUCCUGAUACUACAAUCUAUAAUAUAGGGACAGUACAAAGGCAGACUUCAAAAUUUUCAGCUUUUAAGUUACCAUUUGCAAAGGGAAAUGCUGUUUCAGCACAAUCAGCAUUAAUUAGAAAUUACUCUACUCCUUUGGGGGUUCCUAAAAGAAAGCCAACUAGUCCAAAGACAUGCCCACCAGCAAAAAAGCAGUCUUUUCAUAUACAUGAAGAGAAAACUUCCUCUUUUGAUCACUCCUUACCUUUGAGAAGUUCAAAUUUACCCAAAGUAUCUCCUGCUGUUCUGAACUCCACAGUCAAUUUGAAUGAGGCUGUAAGAGCUGUGAGAAAUGGAAAAAUAACUCCCCCUCUGUGUAACUGUGGCCGAAGAGCCAAAAGACUCUCUGUGUCAAAUGCUGGCCCAAAUCACGGCAGAGCAUUUUUUUGUUGUCCUGUUGGCAAGCAAGGAGGUGAUAAAAAAAGUUGUGGAUACUUCAAGUGGGAAUAUGCUCUUCUGAAAGAGAAAUCUAAUGAUCUUACCUUUGAUGCAGAUGCUUUGACCUCUCUUGGAACUGUUUCUAGUAAUACAGAAAAUUCUUCCUACAAAAAGUAUUUGUGUCUUAGACCCUCUAUGAGAACUUGAAAAUGGAUACAAUCUUUUUGUCUGAAUCCUAGGCAUUUUAAUGCUUUUCAUGCUUAAUGUAAUCAGGACAGUCAAAUGAUUCAGAUAUUGUCAGAAUGGGAUGAAAAGGACAGUUCUUAGUUAAAUAGAAAGUUGCUCAAACACACAAAAAUAUCAGCAGAUCACAAAGUAACUCCUUAAUGAAGUGUGAGAGAACAGAUAAAACUAUUAAGUGCUAAAGAGUAUGAGCAGCUGUUGCUACUAUUCUUAAAUUUCUGUUCUAUCAUAUAUUUUAAAUACUUUACUAGUCCAGUCCUUAAA